UUCGUUAUAUGCCGAGUUCUCCCUAAAUCCCAAUCCCCAAAUCAAAAUGCAUGGUUCGGCUUCCAAUCCCAACCGCCAGUAACUGUAAUUCAAACUUUGGCUCCAAAAAGCAGCAAUGUCUCCACCUCCUCAGCCUCUGCUCAACCUUCAAACGCCUCUCUCAGAUCCAUGCCCAAAUCCAAGUCUCCGGCUUUCAAAAAGACCACUUUCUCCUCACCGAGCUCGUCCGCUUCUGCGCCCUCUCCCCCGCCAAAAACUUCGCCUACGCCCGAACCCUCCUCAGCCACUCUGAGUCCUCACCGCCGUCGUCAUGGAACUUCUUCAUCCGCGGCUAUGCCUCCAGCGACUCCCCCCGAGAGGCCAUCUGGGUCUUUCGCGCGAUUCUCCGCAGCGGUGUUCGACCCAACCAGCUGACCUUCCCUUUCCUGAUCAAGUGUUGCGCUUCGGCCGCUGCGCUGAAAUAAGGGAAGCAAGUGCAUGUGGGAGUUGUGAAGUGUGGGUUGGACUGUGAUGUGUAUGUUCAGAACAAUCUGGUUCAUUUUUAUGGUGAGUAUAAGAAAAUUAAGGAUGCGCGGAAAAUGUUUGAUGAAAUGUUUGAGAGAAGUGUUGUUUCAUGGAAUGCGGUUAUAACCGCUUGCGUUGAGAAUUUCUGGUUCGACGAGGGGAUUGAAUACUUUGUGAAUAUGAGGGAUUGUGGGUUUGAGCCGGAUGAGACUACGAUGGUGGUUGUGUUGAACGCGUCCUCGGAGCUUGGGAACUUGAGCGUUGGGAGAUGGGUUCAAUCCCAAGUAAUUGUAAGAGGGUUGGGUUUGAAUUGUCAGUUGGGUACUGCACUUGUGGACAUAUAUGCAAAGUCUGGGGCUUUGGGUUAUGCUAGGAUAGUUUUCGAUAAGAUGGAGACGCAGAAUGUGCGGACGUGGAGUGCCAUGAUUGUAGGGUUAGCACAGCAUGGGUUUGCCAAGGAAGCCCUUGAACUUUUCCUGAAGAUGCUGAGCUCACCAAUAAACCCGAAUUACGUCACCUUUCUUGGGUUUCUCUGUGCCUGUAGCCAUGCUGGACUGGUGGAGGAUGGGUACCGAUACUUUAAUGAUAUGGAACACGUACAUGGGAUUACACCCAUGAUGGUGCACUAUGGUGCCAUGGUGGAUAUCUUAGGCCGUGCUGGCUGUCUCAACGAGGCUUAUAGCUUCAUGAUGAGCAUGCCCCUUGACCCCGAUCCCGUGAUAUGGAGAACAUUGCUGAGUGCAUGCACUACUCACAGUGCCAAGGAUGACAAAGGGGUAGGAAACAAAGUAAGAGAGAAGUUGUUUGAAUUGGAGCCAAAGAGGGGUGGGAAUCUUGUGAUAGCCGCAAACAUGUUUGCCGAAGUUGAGAUGUGUGACAAAGCCGCAAAUUUGAGGAAAGUUAUGAAAGAAAGACGAAUGAAGAAGAUGGCGGAGGAGAGUUGCGUUGAGUUAGGCGGGUCCGUCCAUAAGUUCUUUUCUGGCUAUGAUUCCCAAGCUGAUUAUGAUGAUGUCUACCAGAUACUAGAUGUAUUGAGCUUGCACAUGAAGUUGGUUAACAUGUAAUCAAAAUCAGUUAUCAUGUAACCUCUUUUAUUUCAAAAUUCAUUAAUGGAAUAGCACAUUGCUGAUU